UCAGCCUGCGAGGACAUCGGCGCUGACUUUCAUUGUUACUUGUCCCUUCAUUAGCUGCGCAGAUUGCUUAAGAGGAUGGCAGUCUUUGGAGUUUGACCUAUGAGCGCUGAUAGUGAAAAUAACGUACUUCUCACCAGAGCCGCGGGAGACUGAACGAGUAACUUCGGGCAAUUAGUUUAACUUUGACUAUAAAUAUUCCUCCUCGUUCCUUGUGACACUGUUAGCAGCUCCGCUGGCAAAUCCCCAUUCUCUGGCAAUAUUUAAGCUGCCCGUCAGUUGGCAGAGGCUCGGUGGUGCCUAGCGCGAGGGAGCAGAAUGAGACCCAGCUGAGCGCAAUCUAUGCCCAGAGGAAGCGUCCAUCCUGCACAAGGAGCCAUGGAGAGCACCAGCAGUACCCCAUCAUCGGUGACACCCCAGUGGGAUGUGUUUCCCCAGAAGACGCUGGGCCCCAUAGACAUCACUAUCCUCGUGCUGUACUUUGUGUUUGUCCUGGCUGUUGGGCUCUGGUCCAUGUGGAAGACACAGCGCAGCACGGUGAAAGGCUACUUUCUGGCUGGGGGACAGAUGGUGUGGUGGCCUGUGGGUGCAUCCCUGUUUGCCAGCAAUGUUGGAAGCGGGCACUUCAUUGGCCUGGCAGGGUCAGGAGCUGCAUCAGGAAUCGCUGCGACAGCCUACGAGUGGAAUGGCAUGUUUUGUGUUUUGGUGCUGGCAUGGUUAUUCCUUCCCAUUUACAUAGCAGCAGGAGUGACCACCAUGCCAGAGUACCUGCGGAAACGCUUCGGUGGAAAAAGAAUCCAGAUAUUCCUGGCGAUUCUCUACUUGUUCAUCUACAUCUUCACCAAAAUAUCAGUUGAUAUGUAUGCUGGUGCCCUCUUCAUUCAGCAAGCUUUGCACUGGGACCUCUACAUUGCUGUGGCAGGCCUGCUAGCAAUCACUGCUGUCUACACUGUAGCAGGUGGUCUGGCUGCUGUCAUCUACACGGAUGCAUUGCAGACUCUCAUCAUGCUGGUCGGUGCCAUCAGCCUCAUGGUCUUCAGCUUUGUUGAAGUUGGCGGUCUGGAAGGUCUGCAGGCAAAAUACUUUGAUGCCAUUCCCAGCACCCGCAAGGAGAACAGCAGCUGCGGCUUGCCAAGGGAAGACGCUUUCCACAUUUUUCGGGAUCCUGUUAACUCCGACCUUCCGUGGCCAGGGGUGCUGGUGGGGAUGACCAUCCCGUCCCUGUGGUACUGGUGUACUGACCAGGUCAUCGUUCAGAGGUCCCUUGCUGCUAAAAACCUCUCACAUGCCAAGGGAGGCUCCCUGAUGACCUCCUACCUGAAGAUUUUGCCACUCUUCAUGAUGGUGAUGCCAGGCAUGAUCAGCCGGGUCCUCUUCCCAGACCUGGUGGCUUGUGCAGAGCCGGAGAUUUGUCAAAAAAUCUGUGGCAACCCAUCCGGCUGCUCUGAUAUCGCUUACCCGAAGUUGGUGAUAGAGCUCCUGCCUGUAGGACUCAGGGGCCUGAUGAUGGCCGUGAUGAUAGCAGCCCUCAUGUCCUCCCUCACAUCCAUCUUCAACAGUGCCAGCACCAUUUUUACCAUGGAUCUCUGGAAACACUUCCGGCCUCGAUGCUCUGAGUGGGAGCUCAUGAUUGUUGGCAGGGUCUUUGUGCUGCUACUUACGGUGGUCUCUAUCCUGUGGAUCCCACUGGUCCAGGCUGGCCAGGGUGGGCAGCUCUUCAUUUACAUCCAAUCCAUCAGCUCCUACCUGCAGCCCCCUGUGGCAAUGGUGUUCAUAUUGGGCUGCUUCUGGAAGCGAGCAAAUGAGAAGGGCGCGUUCUGGGGCCUGGUGCUCGGGCUGCUGAUGGGCGUCAUCCGAAUGGUGUUGGACUUCAUCUUCCCUGAGCCCCAGUGCGGGGAGCGGGACGCGCGGCCGGGCGUGCUGCGCUACAUGCACUACCUCUACUUCUCCAUGGUGCUGGCGGCCGUCUCCACGCUCACCGUGCUGCUCGUCAGCCUGCUGACAGAACCCCCCUCAGAGGAAAUGAUAAGUCGGCUUACCUGGUUCACACGUGGGGAUCCUCCAGCCAAGAAAGACCUAGCGGUCAGCACUUCUCCUGACACUGCCAAAGGAGCACGCGAAGCUGAGCGCCCAGCUCUCCAGAUUGAUAUAAGCAUUGCUUCUGAAAAUAGUACAAAUGAUAACAAAUGUCCGACUGGCACCAAGAAGGACUCAAAACUGGUGAGGACCCUCCUGUGGCUCUGUGGGAUGGAACGCAGACAGGAGAACCCUGAUGAUGUGGCACCAGCCAAACCCGAGCGUCCCAUGGCUUCCCUGGAGGAGAACCCACUGGUGAAGCACGUCCUGAACAUCAACUUGAUACUGAGCAUAUGUGCAGGGGUCUUCCUCUGGGCCUACUUUGCAUAGCAGUUUGCCGCCUGAUCCCAGAUGACGUCAACUAAUGUUAAUUGGUGUAAAUAAUAAUAAUUAGCAGAGGAUUAAUGUAAUUCAUAGUGCUUUCUAAGUUUUAUUUAAGAAGACAGACCCUUCUCCCUAACGCAUCCCUCAUUUCCCUCGAGGAGCACUUGGCACAGCUGCAGACCUGGACUGGAUGCACGAAGCUGAGCACAACGAGCUGAGGCGGGAGCGCGGUGUUGGUUAUUCCAAGUAUAUAAUUAUGCUUUUUGGGGUUAAAGCACUACCUGGCACAUAGGACAUCUGGAUUCUGUUCCUAUUUACACAUCUGUAACCACACAUAAGACGCGGUUUGCCUGUGCUGUAGCCCCUGUCACCACCAGGGUGCACAACUGACCCGGGGCACGGCUUACAGCCUGGAUUCCCUCAUCCGCGCCCCGCGGGCCGCAGUGGGCGUGCGGGCUGCGCUCUGGGGUUGCUGACGUUCCCACGGGACUGCGCUGAUGGCAGUAUGCUGGCAGGUGCUGGGGCUGAUACGGCCGGAGCAACACAGCCGAGACGCAGCGAUGGGAUGAGCAGUGCUGAGCGCGGUGGCGCACACUGCUCCAGGGUGGGCUGGGAACAUGCGGUGCAGCGCCGUUAAAGCCUUCCGCCAGGAGAACGAACGUGCGUAGAGGUGCAUCCCGUCCUCGAGAGGAGAAACGCGGCCGGGCCGCGCCGCCGACGUGCUCGGCUCCGUAACCAACCCACCCACCCCCAGGGCCUCGUGUGGCUGCCGGAACUCGCCGCACCUGCCCGAGC